CUGCACAAGCUCUAGUCGUCUGGCCGGGGCUAUGAGAGGCCUAUUAACCACACGGGAGCAGGAUGGUUGGAGGGAAUUGAUCAAUAAGGAGGCCUUUUGCAGGGUCAGCUGGAAAGCAAAGUAUGGGCAUAAAUACCCCAGGCGGCUGCCUGACUUUGGAAUUUCUAGGAAGAAAUGUUUCUUGCCUCCCAUCAGCCCCCCUAUUGAAGAGAGAGGCUUUCCCAGUUGUGAAGAAAGAACUAUCCCAGAGCAGCAGCAGCAGCAGCAGCAGCAGUUGCCAGAGGAAAAGGCAGGGUUGAGUUUUCAAGAAUCCCUUCCAGAGAUGAGGGCCCCAACCCCGCAGACCACACAGCUGCUGUACCAGGGCAUCUCUCAUGAAGGCAAAGGCAGGCAGCACUACCUCAAAGAGAGGAAGACAAAGAGCCCUGAGGAGAAAUUCCAUUACCCGGUGCUGUCGUCAUGGGAAUAUGGCUGGCGCUUAGGGGAUGUUCUUAAAGACAUCAAGACACCCAUUCAUGGCAAAUCCCGAAUUGUAAAGGAUACUUUCUACUUCAAGAAUGGAAUCUUCUAUCAUCCAUCAAAAACUGACAAGCUGUCAUGAAUACUGAAGCCCAGUGAAAUGUGGAAAUGUUUGUUUAAUGUUGCCUAGCAUGAUUAUUUGUUGUGGUGCUGGAUCUCACAAACACUAUAAUUAUUUCUUCCAUAAUUAUUCUUCCAGAUUUAGAGCCUGCCUCCAGCCUUCCUCUUUCUGUAACUUGUGUAGUAUUGCACAAUGGAUUUCCACUACUUGUCUUUACACUCUAAACUUGUCAGAUUAACUUUUGGGGCUUUUUACCAUGAGGUGUGUACAGCCUUGCAUAAUUUGGGAACAGUUUGCCUGAUUUAGGGCCAAUUCACAUAUCUAUUUUUUCCUGGUUGUUCCCUCUUUGUGGUGAUUACUUGUCACAGGAAGAGCAGAUUAUGAGAACCUGCCAUAGGCUGAAGAGGGAAAAAAAAACUGCUACAAGUAAGCAAGUUGGGUAUAUUAGCCUGAUUUAUACCAAGAUGAAAUUAGUGGAAUGCUUUGAAAUUCAAAACAGAUUUGUAAUUGCUAGAGUGUUGCAUGAAAAAGAAAGAAGGUACAGUUCAGAGGUACCUGUUCUAGGUAGCAGAUCCAUGAAAGAUUUCUGAGGACUUGGAGAGUUUGUGUCAGUCCACAUUGACAAAAUGGGAUAAGAUGGUCUGAGCGUACAUAAAAGUCAUCUCCUUAGAGACUGCCCAAUAGGGACAUACAUACCAAAAUUCCUCAGCCGAAAACAUACCUGAAAAAUGCUUUUUUUACUGUACAAAAAAAUUGGAAUUGCAAAACUUUGUGGAAUUAUUUAAAAAACACAAAAUUCAGGUGGAGUAGGGGAUAUUGCUGGUGUUUUUUAAAAGUGUAAAUUAUGCCACAUUUGCAGGGAAUCAAGUCCAUACUCUCCCCUAGAGCCCUGAAGUAUGAAGGGAACUGGAGAAACAGGUCUGACUUUAUGGAUCGCUGAAGAAGAUGCCACUAACCAUCCUGGUCUCCAUUAUUUCUUAUGGGGAAAGAUGCCUCGUUUAAAACCUUCCAUCUAAUCUGUCAAACCAACUUCCAGUUUCAUCCACAAGAGUGCUCAGAGUUCCACAGCAAACAACAGAAAGGGGGAGGAACAGCAUACCCUGGUGAUUCCUAGACAGGUAUGAUGUCACUUCCAGGUUUUCCAUGGAAGUGAUGUCAUGCUGUCACCUGACUGAUUUUUUAAAAAAAUUCUUCCCCCUGGAUAUCAUGUUGCCCCCAGUGGGAACUUAGCAUCCCUACUGUGUAUACUAUGUACUAUCUGUUGCUAUAUGUAUUAUCCUACUAUGUAAUUUCUUCAUAGUUUAACAUGCCAUGUUAAUGCUCAUUCUUCAUGUCAGUUUUGUUUCAGAUUUUUGUUUGGUUUUAGAUUUCUGCAAUCCUAAUCCUAUUACAUUGCUUAUUCGAUA